CGAUCGCAAGAGAGAGAGAGUAAAAUGUCAAUCUCUGAUGUGGAACAGUCAGAAGGGAGUCAUCUCUUAGACAGUGAUACAGCUGACUACACCAAGUUAAAACAGAGUGAAUACAGAGAACCGUUGCUAGGAGACACAUCUCAACAGGACGUGUACACACUGCCUCUAGAGGAGGAUGCGAGUGAUAACCUCAAAUCAGUUACCCUCUCCUGGAGGGACUUGAGUGCUUCCACGGAGAAUUACUCCAAACCGAGGUGGUUUAAAAAUGAGACAGGCAAGUAUUUCUACAAGGACAUCCUGAAGCGAGUUUCGGGGAUUGUUGAACCAGGGGAGAUGAUGGGGAUAAUAGGUCCAAAGGGGGCGGGGAAAACGAGCAUGUUGAUGGCUCUGGCUCAGAAGAAGAUGGAUGGUGUAAAAGUGAAAGGAACACUGCAGGUAAACGGAUGGCAGAUAGAUCCUACUCAGAUGGCACUGAUCAGCGCGUAUGUGGACCAAGAGGACAACUUCAUGGAACAUAUGACGGUCAGAGAAACAAUCAUGUUCCAUGUUAACAUGCGCAUGGACAAGCAAACCAGAUUCAACAGAAAAGUAGCGAAAGCCAAUGCAAUCCUCGAAAAGCUGGAUCUUCUGAACAUCGAGCACACUAGGAUAGGCCAACCGGGCGAGGGAAGAACUGGAAUCACACAUAAGGAGAGGAAGACAUUGGCACUUGGAUUGGAGAUGCUGGAGGACCCUCUGAUAAUCUUCUUAGAUGAGCCUGUUAAAGGAAUGGAGCCCCGACCAGCUAAUAGAAUGUUGAGGCAGAUCAAGGAGCAGGCAAGUCCUAACCAGUGUACACUGGUCGCAUUGAGCCAGCCAAGUUCAGAAGCCUUCGCCCUUUUAGAUAAGAUUUGCCUGAUGGCAGAUGGACAUACCGUGUUUCUUGGUGCUGGAAAAGAUGCAGUCAAAUUAUUUGAAACCUUAGGGAGACCCUGUCCUGAACUUCAUAAUCCAGCUGACCAUUUCAUGAACGAGCUAGCACUGGACAAAUCAGCCGAUGAGAAAUUCACGGGACUCAUUGAGACGUACACAAACUUCUACAGAGAUUCUGAAGACUUUAAAAAGUUGGAAGAAGCGAUUUCCUAUGUUGUCAAGAUAAACAAGAUCAAACCAGAUGUGACAAAUCGAAAACGGCCAGAAGCCAACAAGCUGAAACAGUUUGUCGAAAACUCGAAACGAGCCAUAAUGGCUUCCAAACGGAUAUCACCAGACUCCAUUUUCUUAGUGGCUCAAGGUUUCAUCACAAGUCUUUUCAUAGCACUCGCCUAUUUUGGCUUAAAAAACAACCAAAACGUAGCGCAGAACAAGGCUGGACUCUUCUUCUUCCAAGCCUCGUUUCUCGUCUUCUCGUGGGCGACAUACACCACAUCCACUGUAGUCAAACAGUUUCCUGUUUUUCAGAAGGAAUACCAACUUGGGAUUAACGGGAUCUUCCCAUUUUUCUUUUCAAUCCUGAUUCAGGUGACCUCAAACAUGCUCUUAUUUGGACUCCUUCAGGUCGCACUAUUUUACUUCAUCACUGGACUCCACAUAUCUGCUGCUGCAUUUUUCACCGCCUGGUUUACCUGCUCUACAAUAGCCUGGGUCUCCGCUACACUCGGCAUUUUCACAGGCUCUGUAACCAGCAACGUUCGCAAAGCUAAAGGCUUCAACGUCAUGAUAGCCCUUCCGUGUCUCUAUUAGGAGGACUCUACCUCAAUGAUAGACAGACUCCUUACUGGCUCAUCCCCAUCAAGUAUCUCUCCCCGAUAAGAUACGGAUGGAACGCUCUCAUGUCCAACGAGUUCCAAAACAUCCCCGUCAUUGAGUGCGACCAGAACAUCAGGAAUCCGUGUAUCUAUCAAAACGGCACACAGAUCCUGAGUGCGUAUGGGAUUGAUCCGGUUAUUUGGUAUCCGUACAUAUUCUACCAGUUCCCAAACGUACUGGGAUGGUGCUCCUCGGCAUUACUAGCCAUGUGGUACAGAUUAAGAGACUGAUGACUCCUCAAGGAGGAAUCUUGUCAACACUGUUUCACUAAAAAAGAAGCAUGGUGGCUAAAAGAACUGAGGAACAGACUGUUACUUUGUGUUGAGUUAUUGAUCAGAGUAAUGAUAUCUAAAUCGAUAUGAAUCUUAAAUUUUGUACCUUACGUCCGAGAAAAUACGUUCUGUUUAAUUUGAUACGAAAAUAGGGCAUCUAUUUGGUUUCGAAAGGGACCAUCGUCAAUGCGAAUGGAAAUUUUAUUUGCAAUUAAUUUGGUUCCAAACAAUUAGCCCACAUCGGAACAAAGUUUAGGACGUGAGGUAUUCAAAUAUUGGGUAUUGAUUUGUUAUUAAAUUUAGACACCGAUUUAGGAGUCGUUUUGUUAAAUGUUGGAGUGGAUUUAAAUUAGAUACAGGAUGCCUGUAUAAGUGCCAGAUAUUGAUGGCGUGUUUUUCAUUAAAAACAGAUGUGGUAGUUUCUCUGAGAGAGACGAGGAUUGAAAGACUUGGCCCCGCGCCAAGUUUGUUAGUUUGAAAAAUUAUAAUAGUUGUGAGACUUGGCCCCUCGCCAAGUUUGAAAAAUGAUAGAAGUUGUGAGGGGCCAAGUUUGUUAGGUGGCAGAUUAUAAUGUCGCUGAAUUUUGCCACGUUAAAAUUUUGAGAUUGAUGUUGAUUCAACAUGGAAUUAACUUUCUUCUCUUUUUCUCAGAUUUCUUAUAGUUAUUGUAAUAUGGUAUUGGUAAGGUUUUUAACUUGAAAAUUUGAUAAAUUUAGUAUCAAUUUGAUAUACUGACUGUUUAGAAUGUAUUAACGUAUCGCUACCAUCUCAAUUAUCAAUAUUAGUAUAAGUUGGUUAAUUAUACCUUUACCAAGAUGAUAAUCAGUUACUGGUUUUUGAAUGUUGCAUGUUGCAAUUCUAUCAAUA